AUGAAAAAAAAUGACUUAAAUAAAUUAAAUGGUAAUAAUGGGAAUUUCUUAUCUGUCUGUUUCUCUCCUGAUGGAAACCCUCUAGCAUCUGGUAGUAAUGAUAAUUCUUUAUUAUAUGUUAAAACAGGAUAAUAAAAAGCCAAAUUAGAUGGUCAUUCUAGUACUGUCUAUUACUCGAGUUCUGGCCGUAGAGAACCGAGAAUUCUCUACUAUAUGUCGAGCAGGGGGUACCCCCUUAGCUUUUUCGAUUAAAAUUGCAAAAUAGGGGGUAGAAGACAUGAGAAAUUUUAUUAGUUUACCAAUUGA